CUUUGCACUACACGGCAAUGGUGACAUUAAAUACGAUAGAAUAGCCACAAAGAAUAUGCGCCAUGUCACUUGGAAUCCUGGGAUUAGAGUGUGCUGUGUGUUUUCUGCUGGUCGGGCUUGCUAGGGGAGACGAUCACUUACAGCGAGGCGAGAACGAGGUUCGUCUGGUGUACGACCUGUUUGAGAAGAACGGCUACAACCCGCUGAUUCGACCCGUGGAGCACGUCAACGACACCCUCCACAUCGACUUCAGUCUGCAGCUCAGUCAGAUCAUCAACGUGGAUGAAAAAAAUCAACAGAUGAAAACGAACGUGUGGCUGCAAAUGUACUGGUACGACAAGCAGCUGAUGUGGGUUCCUUCAGAAUAUGGAGACAUAACGGCAAUCCGAAUACGGCCUGAAUCUGUAUGGACUCCAGAUAUUGUGCUGUUUAACAACGCUGACGGCAAUUACGAAGUGUCCUAUAAGUCUAACUGUGUGAUAUACAGCAAUGGCUACAUUAACUGGAUUCCACCGGCGAUAUACAAGAGUUCCUGCUCUAUUGAUGUCAGGUAUUUUCCAUUUGACGAACAAAUGUGCGAAAUGAAAUUUGGUUCAUGGACGUUCCGGGGAAAUCAGCUAUCAUUCGGAUUUUUCAAAAACAUCAUGAAACUUGACAUAACGGAUUACUUGAAGAGUGGCUCGUGGGAUGUGAUCGACUGUCCCGGCAGGAUAGUCAAUGUGACGGACGAAGCGACGGGAGAGUACCGGAACUUAAUUAUCUUUACUGUGCAAAUACGCAGGAAGACUCUCUUCUAUACAGUGAAUCUAAUCAUCCCUUGUGUUCUAAUAUCUUUCGUCAGUGUUUGUGUGUUUGCUCUUCCAGCUGACGCCGGCGAGAAAAUCACCCUCUGUAUAUCCAUCCUGCUGUCCCUGGUUGUGUUUCUGUUGCUGAUUUCUAAAAUCCUCCCGCCAUCUUUGACAAUCCCUUUGAUAGCCAAAUACUUGCUGUUCACGUUCAUUAUGAAUAUCAUUGCCAUUCUAUCGACCGUCAUCAUAAUCAACAGAAACUACAGAACACCGCGCACCCACCACAUGCCGGACUGGGUGCGGAUUGUGUUUCUAAAACAUCUCCCGAAAUACUUGUUCAUGAAGCGGCCAGACCACGACGAGCGCUGGCAGAAAAAGACGUUUGCUCCACCGCCGUCCUAUCACACAACGCCUGAGACGAGACGAGUGAACAUGAACAUCCACGAAACGAACUUGUUGGAACUCACGGAAAUCCACCACCCUCACUGUAAACUCGGUCCCAAGCUGGACCACUCCCGGUCAACAGACUCCGAGGGUGUGGAGAAGUCGUUCAAGAUGACGCCGGAACUAUACAGAGCGACUGAGGCAGUCCGAUUCGUGUAUCAGCAUUUGAAAACUGAAGAAGAAUAUGAUGAUGUUUUGGAUGACUGGCGGUACCUGGCGCGAGUACUGGAUCGACUCAUGCUGUUGGUGUUUCUGUCUAUCACGUGUGCUGGGACUGUCGGCAUAUUGGUGAACGCUCCCUUUAUACUGGACUACGUAGACCAAGACCGCAUUCUGUCCGAAAUCCAGCAAGCCAACACACUGGCGAGGGACCUGUACGAAGCCGAGCAUAACUCAUGAUACACCACGGAAUGUAGCAUCAUACUGUUCUACAGUCAUUCUGUCUCUUGUUCAUCUACCAGAUUUAUUCUUCGAGGAUUGUUUAUUUAAUUAUGUCACACUGAAAUAGUGCAUGUGUUCAAUGGAGCUAUGCGAUCCACACUAUGGCAGCAGAACAAUGUUGGAAAGUAUGGUGACAGCGCUAUGUGGUUAUUUUCAGCAAUAUCAGUCAUUACAGGUGGAACUCGUAACAAGUAGCAUAUCACCUGCUUCAAAAUGCCACAAAUUUAAAUAUAAAUUUGAAUACUCCCAUGCCUGGCAUUAAUGCGAUAUGUAACAGGACUUGUUAUGAUUUUUUUCUUUUAUAUGGCAAGUAAAGAAAUAUAAUUUGAUUUUAAUAUACGAAGUACUAUUAUGUUUGAAACGUGCAGGGUGCACUAAUAACAACAUGUGAUUUUUGUGCAGCAUUGGGAUAUUCAAGAAUGUUUUUUUUAUAUCUGAAAGCAGUGACUUAAAUUGUUUUAUUUUUCAUUUAGGCUUAAUGGUAUGAAGGUGUAGUGUUUAUAUCUAUAGUCAUUAUGUUGACUGAAGGGAUGCGUACAUCAGUUUUAACCAUAUAAAGGUACAUUUCACCUGUGCAGUUUGGUUCGUUCUAUGCAUCCUGUAAUGUAAACAUAAACCGUGAACGUUUUCUCUGUGUAAAGUAAUCGAACUAUAUAUUCUUAAUGACGUUGACCUUGGCACUCAGAGCUGUACAUUAUUGAGAAUGGAGUUUGAAUGAAAGUUGGUAUAGAGGAAAGCGUGGUUUUGGCGUGUACCGUUUCUCGUAUUGAAAAUAUUUGAAUAAAUUCUUUUUGCAUGAUCAUAAAUAUGAUAAUAAUUGUAGGCAACCUGGACUAUUAAUAGUAAUAUUUUUGUAUUGGUCAAAUGUUUUCAGUCAGUUUUCAUUAACAAAGUUCAUUUGUUAUGUAUGAUAUUUUAAACAUGUUUCCUAUAUUCAUUAGAGACGGUUCAAGUUGUAUACACUAUUUUAAAAUUAUAUUUGUUUUUGGAAACAAUCUAAGACAAGACACUUUACCAUUGCCUAACAAGUUUCCCUUCUGUUCUUAUUUGUAUUAGUUUGUUUCAUAUAAAUUUAAGUCUUUAGAUUAAAUAUUUCAUCUGAUGGGUUGAGAGUGAAAAUUGCCCCAGCAUUUGAAUAACUCACUGAACACGGCCAUGCUUGCCCUGUUACAGAUGUGUGACAACACGGUGCGUAGUUUUGUGGCCAGUAAAUUAAUGUUAUUUGAUUUGAACUAGUAUCAGUCUACCUGUUGCCGUUAUGUUUUAAACGUGUGAAGUGCCACUGACCAUGACAUACCAAGCUAGAUAAAAACACUUCCUGUUACAGUAAAAUAAACUAUUUUUAUCAAUUACUUUUAAGGGCGAGGUUUUAUAUAAUUAUAUUAAUGAUGUAUGCGUUAACUGAAGGGAUAUAUAUAUAUAUAUAUAUAUGUAAUAGCUUAGUACAUGAUACGAUUGUGUCAUUGAGAUUUCAUUUGACCGAGUUCACCUUCGUUGCAGUAUUAAUGUUUCAGGUACCAAAUUUUAUGCUCGGCUUAUUUGGUAACAAAAGUCAAACAGAAUGGCCCUAAUCUAUAUUUUUGAGAACUACUAACGGCUCUAUUCCUCGUCCAGUAACCCGACUGCUUAGCUUUGUCACGCCAUCGUGUGUUCAUACUCAAUGUCUGGUCACUGUCAUCGAUCAUCUAGGAUUCACAUUACACUUUAAAGUUAUCAAUAGACUAGCCUAAUAGUAAUUGGAUUUUGGUACAGAAUCAACAUACCCAUUACGGUGUUGACAACCUUCCAAAUAGUUUGAAAAAAAAAGAAGUUCUACUUAUAAAAUUUCAUAUGGCUGAUGUUUGAGAAUGAAAUUUAUGUCAUGUCUUCCCAAUAUCCAUUGUUUUAGUUGGAACAAGUGUACUAAGAUUAGUGGUUCCUCAAUUUGGAUACAUAAAAAGACAAUAUGUGAACCAGAUACUGACAGAAAUACUGAGGAUAUAAAUCGCUCCAAAACCACUAGUUACUAGAUCAAAGAUACAUUUUAUUAUCGUUAUAUAUCUAUUUUUAUUACCCAUAUGAUUUACAAUAACCGGUUACACAUAUAUCGUAUUUCUCACACUGUCUUUAAGACAUGGGCCAUAACAAUACCUUAAAAACUAUUAUGGCACAUGUCUGACGUCAUAAGUCGCAAUAGCGGCUGCAAACUACCGGCGGUCGCGGCUGUGAAAUUGACAUCAUUCUGUGUCAUUGUAAUUGACGACGCCGAAUGUUAUUAACAUCAACUGUGAAACGAUUACAAUGUUUAAUGUGUAUUACAAAUCACAGUUUCUGGAUAAUAAAUAAAUAAUUCACAAACUCGUUUCAUGAAUUCUGUAUAGCACUCCCGCUCAUAAAGUAAUCUAUAUUUAUUACACCUCUGUACAAGAGAUAUUUUUAGUCUUUCACAUCGGGAAAUACGGUUGUUAAAUGUUCAUAACCUCUGAUUAGUUUUCGCACUCUAUGACUCCGCUUAGAACAAACCGAACAAAACUCGAGAUAAUUUCUUAUAAUUUAAGUUGCCUGUAUGAUUUAACAAAAUAGAAUCAGUUUGUUUAGCCUCUUAGACUUUUAUAGUAUUGUUUGGGUGAACGUUUGUAGAGUAUGAAUGCAAACGGUCAUUGAUUAACUUGUAAUGAGCUUUUCAUUAUUAGACGACUUACGGUAUGUGAAAGUCAUACAAUGUAAACACACGUUACUUGUCAAUAGACUGAGGGCAUCGGCUUUCCUUACUGGAAGAUAAUGUGGUAAAAAUUCAUAUAUACAACUUUAGUUACAUUUGAUUAUGCAGGCCUUUUGGGACGGUAUCUGGAGUGAGGGGUCGGGCACAACCUUUAGUGGAGGGGCCAGUCUCUAGUGAGGGGGCAACAAGCCACAUUUUAUUUUUAUUUAUAUAGAGGAGGAAAAAGUACAUUUUCGUCUUCAAGUGGGGUUUGUACACACACCCCUCCCCCUGGUCCCUACGGCCUGUUAUACUGGAAGGUAUUUUCCAUUUUGUAUUAAAUGUAUAUUGUCACAGACCACUGACCUAUUUAAUGUUCUAACAAAGUAUUACCUGAGCAAAAAGAAUUUGAUUUGUCCCUAAAUGUACUUUAUUCAACCAUCUUUAUAAC